CUACUGGUUCAGUCUUUAAAUACAGUCAUUUGACACAUCCCAACAGGGGCUGUAGCUGAGAGCAACCACUGACCCAAACUCAGGCUUUGAGGCGAGCUGGUGUGUCAGCAUCACACUGCUGCGGACAGCAUGAAGGCUUUCUUAUUCACCUGUGUGCUGGUACCUUGGCUGAUGGCAUCCACGGCCAGAGGGUUAAACCAGAACUCGCAGCUGAUAUCAGGAUCUCUACCUGGCAAGGAGCUGGACACAUACUUCAGUGACAAUUUCAUAUCAACGAGAGCUAGGAGGGCCCUGCCUCCUGCUGAUGAGCCUGAUGACAGCCCGAUCCCUGAGGGAGCAGAUGCUUCAGACCUGCCCACCUGCCUGCUGUGUGUGUGUCUCACUGGCUCUGUGUACUGUGAAGAGGUCAGUCCAGACAUGACUGCUGUUCCCAUGAUGCCUAAAGAGACGGCCUACCUGUACGCCCGCUUCAACAAGAUCAAAAAGAUCAACACCAAAGACUUUUCUGAAAUUGUGACUCUGAAGAGGAUUGACUUGACGGGGAACCUGAUCUCAGAGAUUGAAGAUGGGGCGUUCUCUAAACUCACCCUGCUGGAGGAACUGUCUCUGGCUGAGAACAGACUGGUCAAACUUCCAAUGCUUCCUGCCAAACUCACCGUCUUCAACGCCAACAACAACCUCCUCAAAACCAAGGGUGUCAAAGCAAACGCUUUCAAGAAAAUGACCAAGCUGGUUAACCUGUUCCUGGCCGACAACCAACUGGAGGCCGUUCCACAAAUCCCAGAGUCUGUUCGGAUCUUACAUCUACAGAACAACAACAUCACCCUGGUGAACAAAGACACCUUCUGCAAGUCCAAUGACACCUACUACCUGCGACUGAGCCUCAGUGAGGUCCGUAUGGACGGGAACCCUGUGAUGUUGUCCAAGUACCCCGACAGCUUCACCUGCAUGAAGGUACUGCCUGUUGGACGGUACCGCUGAGGAGGCAGAUGUUUUACUGUAGCCCCUCCGACGAAGCAGUUUUCCCACAGUGCUUAGGGGUGGGGAUACUGUGACGUUCUGGAUGUUGGGGCACUGGUCCCAUUGUGUCAAUGAUUUACUUCAGCAAACCUACAAACAGCUUGUGACAUUGUCAGGUCGAAAUGAAACCAUUCACCGCACUGAAGGAGAAGAAUUAAACAGACUCUUCUAUGGUGGCUUUGAUCAGUCUAUGGGGGGGGGAGUUAAAAGAGAGAAAUAGUCAGAGAAAUUGGUGCAAAACCACCUGAGAAGGUGUGUGAAGACAUCAAUAUGCUUCAAACUAGUUUGUCUGACCUUGUGUAAAAUCAGUGCUUCAGCUUAUUGUGAAUGUCCUUAGUGAAAGGGAGGUGAGAAGCCUGUCGUCAUGGCUGCAUCCCUCUUUUCCUUUGUGCAUCACAGUGCAGUCUUUACACAUUAAAUCAUACAAAUGGUUAUAAUAGCACACUUUCAGACUGUGUCUCCUUCAAAGUGUUUUAGAAAAAGGGAUUGAAAAGCUUAAAAAACAAGUUAAAAAGCUGGAUACUUUUACACCUCUGUCAGCUUGUCUGUUUUGGAUCCAACAAAGACUUUGAUUUGGCCAAUUGGAAAAGGAGACUCUGACUUGAAAAGACACUUGGUCUGAAGCAUACAGAGGUAUUCACACGUAAGAGACGGAUAAUCCAAAAUAUUCAGAAAACACCACAUGUGAGUUGUCUUCUGAGCGUCUUCUACACAAGUGGCGUAUCACCAGUAGUACUAAUGUAACCCUGAUGUGAAUGAGUGGCGAAGCACCAUUGCCUCCACAGCGACAGUCCUACCUUUUGUUUAAUUUUGACCUGACGCUGUUCUACCUGGAUGAAGGAAACAACACAAACUGCUUGUUACACUGAACAAACUCACACCUGCAGCCACAGGUCAACACAAUUACAGAUAUUAUCGCAACUUUCUAAAUAUCUCUGCUGCUUUUUAACAAGUAUCGUGUACAGUGUAAAAUCUCUCAUGUGUGCAUACCUCCGAAAGAAGGUGAAAAGAAUUCCUGGAUCCACCAUUUAUCCAGAUACAAUUUUAUGGAUUCUUCAUCAGGUGAUGCCCCACCCCUCCACAAUAAUGAAUGGAAAUCAGUUCAAUAGUUUUUGCAUAAUCUUGGUUACUAAACUAAAUGCUGAGGACACGUUGAACUGCCAACAGGAAUCAUCUGUAAAUACCUUUCUCAUUGAGUGUUGUCAGAAAAAAUUUGACAUAUAUUUCAACACUCGGGGCUUUGCUCACCCACUGUGUGAAUUAAUUUGACUUAUGAUUAUUCCAUUACUAAUGUUUCUCCAUAGAGGCAAUGGCCAAGUAAAUCAGUCCAGCUGCAGGCUUUUCCAAGAAUUCUGUGACUUAACUUUACUUUGUUCAUUUUAAUUUAUAGGCUCCAGUUGAAGUGACCUGGGGAGCAAUGUAGCUAUGAUCUAUAGUAAUGUGAAAAUUAAUCUUUUUUUAAUGUCUUUUUUAAAACUGUCUGGCUUGUGUCCCUAACUCUUCCUUUCCAGUAAUAACAAGAAGUUAUCACUGAUGUGAAUAAUAUAGUGGUAUACAGGAAUAUGUGUAUGUGACAUGGCUUGGUUUUUAAGAUAUUUUAAUAAAGUUAAAGUUUUUUUUUUAA